GCAAUCAUCGCUCAAGGACUUCGUCUGUGCGGCGCGAUCUCAUCUAGCGGGUUGGCAUCGCGCGUGCCUUCAAGUUCCACCAGUCUCAAAGGUGACUCGAGCGGCCGUACAGGGAGAGGCCCUGAUCAUAUAUAAAGCCUCUGCUCGCGCGUGAAGCUCUCCUACGCGAUCCACAGGCCAUACGUACCCCCAAAAUGUCCGAUCACACCAUUGCCGGAUACGCUGCAGAGGCUCUCGCGAGCCUCACGCCCUCACAGCUCGAGUUCCUCCAAAAGCUCCCCAAGGCAGAGUUGCACGCGCACCUCAACGGAUCGAUCCCAUUUCCCGCCCUUCAGCAGCUCGCGAACGAGUUCCACGCGCAGAGCGGCGCAGACGCUCUCCCCGACGCCGUGCGCGCCGGCCUCAACCGUCUCCAGCACGGAGUCGUCCUAGACGAGAUCCAGGACUUCUUCGGGCUCUUCCCCGCUAUAUACGAGAUCACCUCCACCCCCGCGGUUCUCCGCCGCGCGACCCGCUCGGUGCUCGAUUUUUUCCUCGCGGAGGGGAAGGACGGGUACGCGCAAGCGGCGUACCUCGAGCUCCGGAGCACCCCACGCGAGACCCCUGCGAUGACACGCAGGCAGUACAUCGAGGCCGUGCUGGACGAGCUCGAGCAGUACCUGCCGGAGCGCGCGGCGCUGAUUGUCAGCCUGGACCGUCGGAUGGACUAUAGCACGGCGGCGGAGUGUAUAGAGUGCGCCGUCAGCUUGAAGAAGGAGGGUAGACGGGUGGUCGGCGUUGACCUGUGCGGUGACCCAACGGCGGGCAACAUGGAUGAGUUCGCUGAACACUUCCGCACCGCCAAGGCCGCUGGACUCGGCGUAACCCUCCACAUCGCGGAGACCCCCGACUGUCCUUCGCCAGAGACGCUCCGCUUGCUGUCCUAUAAACCCGACCGGCUCGGGCACGCAACGUUCCUCGACGCCGCGGCGAAGAAAAUCGUACACACGGACGAGAUGUGCAUCGAGAUCUGCCUCUCCUCCAACCUGCUCUGCAAGACCGUCCCGACGCUCGAUGCACACCACCUCCGCUAUUACCUCGGCCACGACCACCCCGUCGCGAUAUGCACAGACGACAUCCUUCCGUUCCGCAACUCGCUGUUGGGCGAGUAUGCGCUCCUCAUGGCGCCCCCACCCGUCGGUCUGGGGCUCACGGAGGCAGAAAUAGAGAAAAUCGCGAAGAUGGGCAUGGAGUCUAGAUUCCGGUAG